CGAAUUCGCAAUUCCCGUGGGAUGCAGCGGCCUUACGCAAAAUGUGCGACGGAGAUGCGCAAACUGUUCUGCGUUGUAGCCUCUGCAAUAAACCGUUUGACAAAGAGUCCACGCUAAAGAGGCAUGGAUACUACUGCCGCUCUCGACGAGUUGGUACUGCCACCCGGUCUCGUUCAUGUGUUGCUUGUGCGAGAGGCAAGGCGCGCUGCGAUAACCGACGGCCUGAAUGCUCGAGGUGCAUAGCUAAGGCUAUAGAAUGUCAUUAUCCUGCAAAUACGAAUGCGCCCAAAAGAAACGGCCCUAGGACACGGCGCGGCGAUGAUGCGCUGACUGAAGGGGGAAAUGUAGCACCUUCGCUCGCACUAGACUUUGGCAGUGUUGAAAAUCGUCAAGCAAGCAAUGACGAUAAUAUCACUCUCGACAGUACACUUGUAACAGACGCAGAGAUCGCGAAUAUUGGAGGAGAGUACCUUGAUUGGGGUAUCUCAGAUAUCAAUUUUGUGGACUUCUUGAAUCCGCAGAUGGAUGUUCAAGUACAGGAACCGAUCCCUUCUCCCAGUAUAUCGAUGCCACCAAUACCAACAUAUAUGCCCCGGCUACUCAUUCAACGACCGAAAAGAAAGGCUGGGGCUCAAAGGACCUCGCAUCUAAUCAUGCACACGUUGAAAUCAUAUCUCCGAAUGAUAAUGCGCCACAACACCCUUCCACCCUUUAUUCAUCCGCAUUCAAUAUCUCAUAAUGUGGGGAAUAACUCCAUGGACCCCCUAAGCAACUGUAUCAGCUUGGUACAUAUGAUAGAUAGCGAGGCCCACACCAGUCGAAAGUUGUUCUGGCAAAAGGUGCGGCUGGAAUGCGAACUAUUGUGUGAAGAGCAUCGGAAGUUGAAUGAAUGGGAUUUGCUGGGGGCUAUGCAAGCCCUAUCUAUUUAUAUUCUCGUACGAUUAGAUGAAGGCGAGACGGACUACAAUAAUCUUGAUUUCCUAUUACUCGCAACGGUGACAAUACUAGCGAAGCAACUCUCCCGUAAAGACUUCACGGACGGCACGCGCUCUUCACCAGGCGGGGAAGGUCCGCAAGUCAGCUGGAAUGACUGGAUAUUCGAAGAGUCAAGAAGAAGAUUGUCCGUGAUCUAUCGAAUUGUGAAUAUGUUAGUUUACUUCGAGCCAGCGGCAAUGUGUGAUCUCCCAACGCACCUUAUUUUAGCACCACUACCGGCGAGGAAGCAACUAUGGGAGGCAGGCAAUGAGUCUGCGUGGAGAGCAGAAAGCGACAGGGAACCUGGUGUCCAGACUGCUUUUGGAUUGGCCGCAGACGGUGAGCUAGUGAAACUGGACGAUGGCCACUUAUACAGCAACCAUGCGGUAUUGAUACAAAAGUCCUCGGAUGCUAGAGCUUUGCCCAAAAGCACAAUAGGUUGGGAGGAAUGGUGCUCGGGAAUGGAUGGAUUUGGCGGGCUUGUUAUGCUUACUGCUUCCAUGAUCGUGUAGGGCUUUUCACAAGUCUAUAGACCGACCUAGUCGAUACCCACUUAGGAAGGUACCGCAUAGAACCAUACUGAUGAGAUUCAAGACGUCUGUUAGUCUACGAAAUCAACUCUGUGAAGCUUAUCUUCUAGGGCAACAGCUCUCCACGGUUAUGAUUGUCUACCUACUGGUGGUAAUGCUCUGUAAUAUAGUCCUUUUGGUUAGUUAUACUGGGCUUGCUGAUUAAAGCUAAAAGGGUAAGUUAGAAAUAUUAUAUGCUGUUGCUAUGG